UUUUUUUUUUUUUGGGUGUGUGUGGCUGAUAACUGUUAACUGACCCUUUUCUCCCCUCCUCCCAAGUGCCAGAAUCAAGAGAAUUCAAAAUCAGAAGUCACUUUUGCCGUCAGCCUGGAGAAUCUAAAUCUCUUGAUUUUUUUUGGUUUUUUCUUCCGGCUUCUCUCUCUCGCCCGUGAUUUUUUUCUUUUUUUUAGCUAGAUAGCCAGGGCCGAGCACUGAGCACAAUGCAGUGCCUAGCUGAAUGUACAAUGGUCAGGAAUCAGAUAGCCAGAGCCGCGGAAAAAAACCACAAACCCACCCGAGCCGGGAUUUUUUUGUUUUGUUUUCGGUUAACUAAACCGCCCGGCGAGAGAGAGCGAGUGCCCGCCACUCCGUAGCCAAAACAAAGCGCCCAGUGGUUAAAAACCCACCGAAGGAAUCUCUCAGGCUCCCAUCGGAAAAAGCUGGAGUUGAUCCUGAGUGUUUCGCUCCAAGUACCACCCGGACGAAGCGGGGAAGAGGAAGCAGGAGGCCCACGGCGCCCUGCAGAACCGGCUCAGCGUCUUCCUCUACCUCAUGGACAACGGCUGGUUUGAGAGCUUGCAGCUGGAUAUCGACAAGGCCAACGCGAUCAUCAAGAUGCUGGACGCCGCCGUUAUCAAGAUGGAGGGAGGCACGGAGAACGACUUGAAGAUCCUGGAUCAGGAGGAAGAGGAGGAGAGGCAGGACAAGGCUGAGCCGGGGAAGAAGGACGAGGCCCGGCUGUCCGACGCCGACCGCAAGGGCUCGGACAAAGAGGACAAGAAGGAGGAAGGCAAAAAGGCUGACGGCGACGAGCCGGUGGAGGAGAAAGCCAAGAAGUCCUCCGAGGAGGAAGAGGAGAAGCCGAAGAAGGAGGAAGAAGCAGAGAAAGAGGCCAAAAAGGCCAGCAAGAAGCGCAAGCGGAAGCGCAGCGGGGACGACAGCUACGACGAGGGGAGCGUCUCCGAGUCCGAGACAGAGUCCGAGAGCGGCCGUGCCGAGGACAAGGAGGAGGAGAAGCCCAAGGAGGAGAAGAAGGCGAAGGAGGAAGAGGACGAGGCGGCGGCGACGACGAAGGCCAAGGAGAAGGACGGCUUGGAGUGCAAACCCCGCCCCCUCCACAAGACUUGCUCCCUGUUCAUGCGCAACAUUGCCCCCAACAUCUCCCAGGCCGAGAUCGUGGCGCUCUGCAAGCGGUAUCCCGGCUUCAUGCGCGUGGCCCUGUCCGACCCCCAGCCCGAGAGGAGGUUUUUCCGCAGGGGCUGGGUGACUUUCAACCGGAGCGUGAACAUCAAGGAGAUCUGCUGGAGCCUGCAGAACAUCCGUCUGCGGGAGUGCGAGCUGAGCCCCGGCGUGAACCGCGACCUGACCCGCCGCGUCCGCAACAUCAACGGCAUCACGCAGCACAAGCAGAUCGUCCGCAACGACAUCAAGCUGGCGGCCAAACUCAUCCACACCCUGGACGACCGCACCCAGCUGUGGGGGGCGGGGGAGCCCCGUGAGGCCCCCCAGGUCUCGAGCCUGCCCUCCCAGAACCCCAUCCUGAAGAACAUCACGGACUACCUGAUCGAGGAGGUGAGUGCCGAGGAGGAGGAGCUGCUGGGCAAGACGGGGGAGGCGGCCGACGAGCCCCCCAAGGAGGGGAACCCGGCCGAGAUCAACGUGGAGAGGGACGAGAAGCUCAUCAAGGUGCUGGACAAGCUGCUGCUCUACCUGCGGAUCGUGCACUCGGUGGAUUAUUACAACACCUCGGAGUAUCUCAAUGAGGACGAGAUGCCGAACCGCUGCGGGAUCAUCCACGUGCGCGGGCCCAUGCCCCCCAACCGUGUCAGCCACGGGGAAGUGGCCGAGUGGCAGAAGACUUUCGAGGAGAAGCUGGCCCCGCUCUCCACCGUGCGGGAGUCGCUGUCGGACGAGGAGGCCCAGAAGAUGGGCAAGAAGGACCCCGAGCAGGAGGUGGAGAAGUUCGUCACGGCCAACACCCAGGAGCUGGGCAAGGACAAGUGGCUGUGCCCGCUCAGCGGCAAGAAAUUCAAGGGCCCCGAGUUCGUGCGCAAACACAUCUUCAACAAGCACGCCGAGAAGAUCGAGGAGGUGAAGAAGGAGGUGUCAUUCUUCAACAGCUUCCUCAUGGACGCCAAGCGCCCGGCGCUGCCCGAGAUUAAACCCAACCAGCCCCCCGGACCCGGGCAGGGUCUCACCCCUGGGCUGCCCUACCCACACCAGACACCCCAGGGGCUGAUGCCGUACGGACAGCCCCGCCCGCCUAUUAUGGGAUACGGUGGCGGCCCCCCCUACCCUCACGCCCCCUACGCCGCCGGCCGUGGUAAUUAUGACACCUUCCGGGGGCAGGGCGGCUACCUCAACAAACCGCGCAACAGGAUGGUCCGGGGUGACCCCCGCGCGAUCGUCGAGUACAGAGACCUGGACGCCCCCGAAGACGUGGAUUUCUUCUGAGUGAGACGGCCCCACCCCUUGUUUUAAGCCCCGCCCUGUUCCCCACAAACUGCCCCUCUCACUCCCCCACCCCCCCGGGUUUUUUAUACGAGUCUCCGCCACCGAAUUCCCCACCUCACCCCCACCGCCGACUGUUUGUACAUUUCACCUUGUCGGUCCCAACUCGAUUUCAAUAAAUACCUGGAUGUA